AUGGCACACCCAUCACCGCGCCUUCUCACCGAGGCCGAACUGCGCAGGUUCGAGGACUGCGCCGACGAAAACACCAAACUCGCAGACUGCUGGGAGAGCCAGCAGGUCGCCGUUGUGACCUGCGAGCCAUCGGACUACUUUCGAUCCUACGACAUGAAACACUCAAAAGCUAUCGCAAUAGAUGUCUUGACGCCAAUCGAGAAGCCCGUGUCGGGCGCAUCCCGGAAACCACGGCAGACUACCAGACAAGUAUCCCAAAAGCUCAUCCGCGUGCUCGAGCGGUCCAAGGUGGACAAGCGAUUCCAACCGAAGCCCUUCCACUCGACGAUCAACUCGCUCGAGAGGGUCGAUAUGUACACUGAAGACGCGCAUUCAAAGGCGCAGCAGACGUUUGACGAGCUGGCCGCGGCGUACGUCACGGUGUGCAUCGCGAGCUACGACUUGCGCGACACGACGCGCGUGAUGCACGAGUUCGGCAUCAAAGUGCCGCCGCGGGCUGUGUUUGUGGACCUAAUCAAGGUGCUGGAGCACCAGACGCGAGACGACGGGAUCCCGAAGGAGCUGAGGAAGUACACGGACGAGAACGUGACGAUGAGGAACGGCAGAUACGACCGGCGGCCCGGGACGCCCCAGGGCCAGCUUGGGAUGCCGAGUGUGCGGUUGUUGGAGGUGCUCGGCCCGGCUGCCGUGAGUCACCGGGCGGAUUUCAAAAAGAUUGAAAAGGGGUCCGUUGCGCUGAAGAGGAUUGCGAAUAGAGCCCGGAAUAGUCCUUCGUAA